AUGGCGAAAGAACAAGACAGCAGUUGUCACCCUGAAAAAAUGAGACUAAAAGGACCAUCAGGUGGACCUAGAGAUCAAGGUGAACCUAGAGAACAAGGUGGACCUAGAGGACCAUCAGGUGGACCUAGAGAACAAGGUGGACAUAGAGAACAAGGUGAACCUAGAGGACCAUCAGGUGGACCUAGAGAACAAGGUGGACCUAGAGGACCAUCAGGUGGACCUAGAAAUCAAGGUGAACCUAGAGAACAAGGUGGACCUAGAGGACCAUCAGGUGGACCUAGAAAACAAGGUGGACCUAGAGAACAAGGUGAACCUAGAGGACCAUCAGGUGGACCUAGAGAUCAAGGUGGAUCUAGAGGACCAACAGGUGGACCUAGAGGACUACCAGGUGGACCUAGAGAGCAAGGUGGACCUAGAGAACAAGGUGAACCUAGAGGACCAUCAGGUGGACGUAGAGAUCAAAGUGGAUCUAGAGGACCAUCAGGUGGACCUAGAGAACAAGGUGGACCUAGAGGAGCAUCAGGUGGACCUAGAGAACAAGGUGGACCUAGAAGACCAUCAGGUGGACCUAGAGAACAAGGUGGACCUAGAAGACCAUCAGGUGGACCUAGAGAACAAGGUGGACCUAGAAGACCAUCAGGUGGACCUAGAGAACAAGGUGGACCUAGAAGACCAUCAGGUGGACCUAGAGAACAAGGUGGACCUAGAAGACCAUCAGGUGGACCUAGAGAACAAGGUGGACCUAGAAGACCAUCAGGUGGACCUAGAGAACAAGGUGGACCUAGAAGACCAUCAGGUGGACCUAGAGAACAAGGUGGACCUAGAAGACCAUCAGGUGGACCUAGAGAACAAGGUGGACCUAGAAGACCAUCAGGUGGACCUAGAGAACAAGGUGGACCUAGAAGACCAUCAGGUGGACCUAGAGAACAAGGUGGACCUAGAAGACCAUCAGGUGGACCUAGAGAACAAGGUGGACCUAGAAGACCAUCAGGUGGACCUAGAGAACAAGGUGGACCUAGAAGACCAUCAGGUGGACCUAGAGAACAAGGUGGACCUAGAAGACCAUCAGGUGGACCUAGAGAACAAGGUGGACCUAGAAGACCAUCAGGUGGACCUAGAGAACAAGGUGGACCUAGAGGACAAGGUGGACCUAGAGAACAAGGUGAACCUAGAGGACCAUCAGGUGGACCCAGAGAUCAAGGUGGAUCUAGAGGACCAUUAGGUGGACCUAGAGAACAAGGUGGACCUAGAGGACCAUCAGGUGGACCUAGAGAACAAGGUGGACCUAGAAGACCAUCAGGUGGACCUAGAGAACAAGGUGGACCUAGAAGACCAUCAGGUGGACCUAGAGAACAAGGUGGACCUAGAAGACCAUCAGGUGGACCUAGAGAACAAGGUGGACCUAGAAGACCAUCAGGUGGACCUAGAGAACAAGGUGGACCUAGAGGAGCAUCAGGUGGACCUAGAGAACAAGGUGGACCUAGAGGACCACCAGGUGGACCUAGAGAACAAGGUGGACCUAGAGGACAAGGUGGACCUAGAGAACAAGGUGAACCUAGAGGACCAUCAGGUGGACCUAGAGGACAAAGUAGACUUUGA